CCACAAUUCUAUUUCGAGCGUCGAUGCCGAAACGUUUUGUCAGAUGCCUUUGCUUCGUCACCUUACAUUACAUUACAACUUAUUGACGACGACAAGUCUUCACAAAGACGUUUUCUUGUGCACACAACAGAUUCAUUUCCUGCAGCUGGCUGGAAACCUGUUCCGAAGCGUACCCCCCGCUGUUAUUGGGAAAGAAAGAUUACCUGUUGUAAACGAACUUGCAUUAUCCUCGAACCAGAUCGGUUACGUUGAGAAAAGUGACCUGACAGGAUCAGAAAAGAUGACAGAGUUAUGGUUGGCUCACAAUCGCAUAGUCACCAUAGAGGACGAUGCGUUGCCGAAGUCAUUAGUUAGAAUGAGUCUAAACAACAACGUUUUCUUUAAUUUCAAACACAACAAUCCGUUUUUUAACAUGACGAAACUUCGUGAUCUAUAUAUUGGUGGAAAUGCAAUUGACAGAAUACCGAGAGGGGCUUUCUGUGGACUGGAAAGUCUCCAAGAACUCCAUAUGCAAAACAACAAAAUUGGAGUAAUAUUAAACGACACCUUUAAGGACAGCCCUAUGAUAUUAGAACUGUAUUUAAACUCGAACCAAAUAACCACCAUAGAGGAUGGCGCUCUCGAUCAUUUAAACAAAAAUUUCCGAUACUUUCGUCUCCAGAAUAAUUGGCUGUCGGAUCUUCCCAACCCAACGUUCAACGAUUUUUCUGGCUAUACUACUGGAAACACGAUCAGCAUGGAGAGGAAUAGAAUAGAGCAUGUCGGAUCUUACCAGUUUUCUAACUUGAACAUCGGGGAUCACCUUAAUCUUUACACCAACCGCAUCACAACGGUGGAAUCAUUUGGAUUUAAAACUAUUAGAACAGGACUCGACAUAAACUUAAACGGGAACAGCUUGAAAUAUUUACAUCGAUCAGCUUUUGAUGACGUACAAGCCGAGGAUAUCCACAUGGUGGGCAUGACAGCAAGAACUCUGGUGUCGUGUACCUUCAGUAACAUGGUGAUACGACAACAUAUGAAUAUGAACGGCGGAAAAAUCGAAGUUUUACAAAAAGGGGUAUUCAGUGACGUUCGAAUAUCCAACACUUUGCGACUUGAUAAUAAUGCUAUUCGGUUGGUAGAAGGCCCAAUAUUUGAAAACUCCUCAUACGUCUACUCCCUCCGUCUCGGCUACAACGAACUAACGUCACUACCUGAUGAUGCAUUUGAUGACGUCACCAUUAGAGUAAUCGAACUACGAAACAAUAAAUUUCAUAACUAUCCAACAGCGUUAAACAAGCAGAAGUUUUCCUCCAUCGAUCUGAGAUCCAAUUCGAUUUCAAGCGUAAUAAAGAGUUCAUUCGAAGGUCAGACAAGCUUAAGACAUUUGAUUCUAAACGACAACAAACUCUCAGAGCUAAAAGCUGGCGUGUUUGAUCACGUGCCAUCACUAGAAACGCUUUAUUUACAAAAUAACGAAAUCGACCGAAUUGAAGCAGGGGUGUUUACGGCUUCGCUCACUCGGUUACGACAUAUUACGUUGGAGAACAACCAACUUCGACACCUUCCACCGUUAGAGGGAUUGCCAGCUUUACAAACUUUAUACCUCAACGAUAAUCUACAGUUAAGAACUUUGGACGAAAAUGCAUUCGAUCAAGUGGCGGACUCGGUCACUGAAAUUCGAAUGCAGAGAAAUACGUUUUAUUGCAAUUGCGAAGUCAUGAGGGCUCUGUACCAGAUAAGAGAAGUCGUUAGCGGAGGUAAAUGUAUUGAACCGCCUGCUGCUUCAGGAACUUUAUUCGACAAAACAGCGACGACCUCGCCAACUUUGUUGCCCGAUUACUUUGUUACAAGGAUCAAUCAAACAGCGAAACUGUUUCUGUGCAGUGGAGCAAACGUAAAAGGCACCACUUCAUCAUCGGAUUGUGAUAUCACGAUGAAAUGGGACCACCCGCAGUAUCUAUAUUACGAUUUAAACGAUACAACCAGUGACUUAUUUGGUGUAGACCUGGCUGAAAGUGUUGGUUGCAACUGUAAAAACUCUACUGGUAAUGGCACUACAUCUAACUCAACUACGAACGUUAUGCAAUGUGGAACGAGUUGGACAACCGAAGAAGAUUGUCUGCAUAACACAAUCUUAUACAAUGUCAGCUGUUCUUCUGCCUCUGCACCGACAGUGUAUAACGUCACAAACUCGAAAACCGUUCGAUUCAUCCCCGUGGAACCAGGGACAUUAUACGAGUGUAAUGUAGUGUUACAUUAUAACGGCACAAGCAGCACCUUCAGCGAAACAGUUCUGGUGCAAAUACAAGACGCACAAGGAAAAACCCCACAAACCAAGUCAGAAACAAACUUGUGGAUAUUACCUAUCCAAUAUUACGACUUCAGCGCUUACCAUCCAGAUUUUGACGGCUUGCAUACGAUCAACCCAACUAAUCCAAGUUACGUUGCAAGUCCAUUCGGUGCGUGGCUCACAGCGUCAGCAAAUCCAGCGACCGACGCUAUAGCAUCAUGGUUCAGAAGCAUUCCCGCAACGAAUCAGCUAUUACCAAACACAAUCACGCUUCAAAACAAUGCUACAGGCGGUAACACAAAAUACAGCUUCAUUGACGACACGUUUUAUCCAUUGGAUGGACUUGGUUUUCGUUCUGAAUCACAGAGAGAUUGUAAUGGAGUAUUGCAUAACUUCGGUUUCACAAGUUCAGUUCGAACUGGUAUCCUUUACAAUGGUGGUGAAGAAAUAACAUUAGGCGGUGGAGAUUACAUGUGGUUGUACAUCAACACUGUGUUGGUUGCUGAACUAAGUAACUAUGGAAACAUCACAUAUAGCCCGUGUGCAAAGGUCCAUCUUUCUCCUCCAGACCAAGGUUAUGUCAAUGUUACUGUGGAUUCUGGUUCUUUAUCUGCUUCACAAUGUAUGACAACAUCAUCAAGAACAAAAAAUAUCUUUAUUGACAUGGAGGUGAAUGAGAUCUACCACUUUGACCUAUUUCAUGUUGAAAGGGAGCAUUGUACAUCGGAAUUUAUUUUGGAAACGAAAGGCGUGACAUUCAAUGUAAUUCAUGUUAAUGGAUCAGCUAUAUCCACUCUUACUACAGCUGCACAAACCACAACUGUUCCUAGCAUCCAAUCCACCACAACAUCAUUUUCAACAAAUGCUCCAUCCACUAGUAGUAAUGCGGCAACUGGUACAACAUCAAAUGCUCCAACCACUAGUAGUAAUGCGGCAACUGGUACAACAUCAAAUGCUCCAACCACUAGUAGUAAUGCGGCAACUGGUACAACAUCUGGUUCUACCUUAACAACUGCUGAAGUCACCACUUCUCCAAUACAAGUAUCCAAUACAGCAACUUCUUCUACACAACGCGCUCCUGUUGACUUCACCGUCACCGUUGCUGAAAAUGUCAAAUCUGGAAGUUACAUUGCAAGUUUUGGGGUCUCUGACUCUUUCAGCCAAGGCCCCCCCUUUCUGCUUAACUUUGAAGAUGGAAAUGAGUUUGGAAACUUUCGAUUUGGAGAUUCCACCGAUGGCAAUAACACAGUUUCUUGCACCAUGCCGCCACCAAUGGGAAAUAACAAAACUGUCGGCUCCCAAACCUUUCUGGACUGUUCUACAAUACCAGCUCCACCAAUAAUAACAGCUCUUACCAAUCCACCGCCAGUCACAGUGAAUGAAAAUAUAGCUCACGUUUAUCUUCAGUUACCUCUUGAUUAUGAAAUACAAGACACUCACUAUCUUACUAUAUCUAUACAGGAUACUGUGGCAAACAGAAACGGAACUCUUGUCUUGAAAGUUAAAGUGACGGACAUAAAUGACAAUUGUCCUAUUUUAAAUUCAACGGGUUUAAACCUUUCUCUUGUGCGUCCUCCACUGUCCAUAGAUUUUCCUCUUGCUUCAUUUAACGUUACAGAUGCCGACAGUCCACCAAACGCUCUUGUUUCUUUUGUUGCUUCAGAAAUAUUGAUCAGUGGUGGAAACUCUAGUUCAUCACAUGAUACAAACAUCUUGCAGUUUGAACUGGCAGCUUACGACAGUGGCGAGCCAUCAUUGGGUAGAGCUAUUAAUAUUACACUUGAGAUAUCAGAAACAUGUUUAUACGAUGUACUGGGAGAUCCUACUUAUCAUUACAUCAGUGUGAUCAAAGAUCAAAAUACGCAGGUUACAAACUUAUACAUGAGGGUACCUGGCUACUACAGCAAAGAAUAUGAAUGCUCUCAGGCCUUGGGUUUUGAAAGUUGCCGCAUUCCACACCGGUCCAUUAUUGCAUCUUCUGAACUUGAUAAUGGUGUAUGUGGCUCAAUAGUACAUGCACACUUUGCUAGACUUAAUAACUUCCCUGGUAAGAGCACGGGUGCUACUAAUGUACACGGUGCAUGGGUGCCUGCUCAACAUGACUUGAACCAAUGGAUACAGGUUGAUCUUGGUAAACUUAUGAGAAUCGCAGCCAUUUCAACACAGGGAGCUCCAGAGUUUAACUUUUUCAUUACAAAGUAUAUGUUAAGCUACAGUAGUGACGGCAUUACUUGGGUUAAUUACGUACCAGACCGACCCUUCCUAUCAAAUGACACCACAAGCACAACAAGUUCUACGCAAUAUGGAACCACAGUAACAACACCUUACUCCAACACAAGCAACCACACUGCCCAGCCAACCACCCCUUCCCCAUUCCCAUUUCUCCCAAUUACAAUGGCUAUGGUUACCACAGUCAACAGCACUGUUAUAAAUGAUAGCAUCCUGUUACCUGGAAACAAUGAUUCCAACAGCAUAGCAAAGAACAUGCUAAGUCCUGAAAUACUGGCAAGAUAUGUGAGGUUAUUACCAGCAGGUUGGGUUGGUGGAAUUGGACUCAGAAUGGAGAUGUAUGGAUGUAAUGAAGAGAUAAGACUGAGAGAAAACAGCAAAUGUUACAGAUGUCCAUCGUCAUACUACUGUCCUGGGGAUGGUAGGAAGCUACCCUGUGGUCGGUGUGCUGACUUUGCAACAGUUGGAUCUCACAACAUAGAUUCAUUGAAUUCUGUUUAUAACGAAACUUGUGGACGUUCUCCUACUGAGUUUUCAUUUGGAGCAAAAGCAGAAUGUUCAACAUGCUUGAAGGGAUACGUUUGCAGCAAUGGCUUAGCAACAUCAUGCCCCACUUUAACAUACACUGCUGGUUGCAAUGACACCAUGUGCUCUCCGUGCACUGUGUGCGAACCUGGGCACUCAUGCACAAGUGGCACGAAGAAACCUUGUGAGCCUGGUUCCUAUUCAGAUGCAAACACACCAGGUGUUUGUAUUGAUUGUAAAGCAGGCACAUAUAGUGACACUCAUGGUUCUACAUCAUGCAAGACAUGUACUUCAGGCUCCCAAAGUUGUAUUGGAGCAAGUUUUUGUCAGCCAUGCAUUGCACAGGAGUGGUCACCAGAUGGGGCUGAUAGGUGCCAGGGAUGCCAUAAAGAUUGUAAGCCCAUGCCUCAUUCACCAUGCUUCCGCAGUGUACAGUGUGUUAAUAUAAGGCAUGCUUCAAACCAAACAUGGAGUUUCAAAUGUUACGAUUGCCCCAAAGGCUUCACUGGAGAUGGAGAGACAUGUAGUGACAUUGAUGAGUGCAUGCUUUCAAAUCCAUGUGUGGACCAAACACAAUGCGUGAACACAUAUGGAGGCUUCUACUGCAAUGGCUGCCCAUCUGGUUACCAUAGCGACCCUUACUUUGGGUUUGGACUUGAGGACACCAAGACAAUCCAGAUAUGCAAUGAUAUAAAUGAAUGUGAUGAAUCAGGGACUUGUGAUCCGUUGGUGCAGUGCAACAACACUAUGGGCAAUUACACAUGUGGGCAGUGUCCUCUUGGAUUCACAGGGACCGGGUACACCAAGUGUCAUGAACCUGAUGCAUGUAUUCCAAUCAGUGUGAGAAGGGGUUGUGAUAUUAUUGCUUCAUGUGACCCGGUCAGCAACCAUAAUGCUGUUUGUGAGUGUCCGCCUGGGUUCGCCGGGCCCGGCAGUGCAUGUGGGGUCGACAACGAUUCCGACGGGCAACCUGAUCUGUUCAUUCCCUGUGGUGAUUAUGUUGCAUGCGCGGAGGAUAAUUGUAUCGGGAUCCCUAACAGUGGUCAGGAGGACGCAGAUGGAGACAGGAGGGGAGAUGAUUGUGAUCAAGAUGAUGAUAAUGAUUUCAUCCCGGAUCAUUUGGAUAACUGUCCACUUGUCCCCAAUUACAAUCCAACUGGAAACCAAGUGGAUUCCGAUGGUGAUGGGUACGGUGACGCAUGCGAUACUUGUCCCUAUCUGUUCGGGCAAUUCGCUGACACAGAUGGAGAUGGCUUGGGUGACGGUUGUGACACUGACUCUGACAACGAUGGCGAAGCAGACACUACUGAUCUUUGCCCUCUGGAUAAGAACGUUACUACCUCACCAGAUAAAGAUAAUGAUGGAGUGGGUGAUCCGUGCGAUAACUGCGUUUUUAGAUCCAAUUCCGGGCAAUCUGAUAAAAACCAGAACCGUGUUGGGGACGCUUGCGAUGACGGGAAAGAUGCUGACGGUGACAGUGUCCUUACAUUCCUUGACAACUGCCCUUAUGUUCCCAACCCCUCACAAUCGGACUGGGAUGGGGACGGAGUGGGUGACGCAUGCGAUGAUGAUGCAGACAACGAUGGGAAACCUGAUGAUGUUGAUCAUUGUCCGUUCACUGUGGAUACCAAUGUUGAAGAUGAUUCCCCAUGCAAAGAUGACUAUGAUGGAGACGGGAUUUUGGAUGUGGAUGAUACUUGCAUCGCUGAUCCUACGAUCUCAUCAACCACUCUACUUCCUUAUAUGGAAGUUAAUCUUCACACUGGUUCACCACUUCCACAAUGGAAAGUCACACACAAGGGUAAGUCGGUGUCCCAACCAAACUCAACUCCUUUUCCUGCAAUGCUGAUUGGUGAUCAGCGUUACGGUUCAAUGGAUUACACUGGGAGCUUUUUCGUCAAUGAAAACCCAAGUGCGGGAAACUAUGUUGGGUUUGUGUUUUGUUACCAAAACAACAAACAUUUUUAUGUCGUAAUGUGGAUGAAUGAACACAACAGCGAAGAUCAAAAUGCGAGAAAAACUGGACUCAAGGGAUUACAGAUAAAGGUUGUAGAUUCUAACACAGGCCCCCACAUUAACCUUGCUGACGCAAUAUGGCAUACAUCGGAUACAACUAACCAGGUUGACCUCAUAUACCAUGAACCUACAUUGAUAGGUUGGGAAGCUAAAACUCCUUAUCUCUUCACUAUUCAGCACAGACCAUCAGUUGGUAGCAUCCAUGUUGUGAUAACCCACCUUGACAAGCUAAUAGUUGACACAGGACCUGUGUAUGAUACAAAGUAUACCGGUGGCCGAGUUGGGAUUCUAUCAUUUCGUCAACCCAAUGUUAUUUGGUCCCAACUUAAAGUGAAAUGCACUAAACGGUGA